UUUAACGGCCAAGUUGCUGUGAGUUCUCCGUUAAUUAUUCAUUUAUAAAUUUCCUUUAAUUACCAUACAUUAAGUAUCACAUUUAUAAAUAUAUAAGAUCACAUGGAAAGCAAAAUGAUGAUAAAUAUCAUUUUUUGAUCUACUUCCAAGUGAUGAUUUUUUAUCAAACCGUUUUAGAGACACAAGUUUGCUUUUCACGAGACGUUGGCUAGAUAAUUUAUAUCCUGACUUAAUUUAAAAUGUCUCAGACACAGCAGAUACUACACAGGUGGACUGAGUCCCUGAAAGCAGGAGAAUUUCAAGGACUUGCCAAUGAAAUAAAGGAGAGUAAUUUAAAAUUACCUUCAGAAAAACUAGACGUAUCACUGUCUCGCUUGCUCGUAGUGAUCUGUAGCUUUGUAGCAGACCAGAAAAAACUUCCACCUGAAAAUAUCCAGGACUUGAAAAACAUCAUCCGCGUAAUCUAUCACAAGUUGGUAUCAAUACCAGACCCAGUUAAAUUUUUCUUGUCGCUCUACCACGUAAUCAGGAUAUUUUGCUCCUCGAAAUCCUACCAAGCAGCUCUAGAGAUAACUGACUACUUCUUACCCGGAACUUUGUGGUACUCACGGGCCGGUGAUCCAACAUCUUCUUUCACAAAACUCACGAAUCUCUGGGCUACCAGUUUGAUCAGCUACCUCAAGUCCCUUAAUAAAUUAGACGACAACCAGUUUAAGUCAACGAGCAACUUGAUCGAGUAUCAGCUUAAACUCCGCUUGCUCUGCGGUGCAAGUGGCCACCGGUCUUUCAUCAAUGAUCUCGACUCUUACUACAAGAUUAUCAAGUCACUGGACAAUGGAAAGUACGAGGAUAGAUUCCGGGGUUUGAUAAUCGAUACGUUAACGCGCACAAAAAUAUCUUUGAGUAUCGAAGACAAGUAUCGCAGCUACGAAGCUUUUCUAAGACUAAUUACUGAGAUCCUGGCGAGUAAAAUAAAUAUAGACGGAGUUUACAAAAUUGCUAGUAAAAUACGUCAAGUAUUCGAUCCCUUCCGCGAGGCUGUCAAAGUAGACAAGGAAGUCGACAGAUGUUUUAAAAUUUACGAGUUGAUGUGCUCGAUAUUCACCAGGUCGGUUCUUUAUUUUACCAAGGAUGCUGUUGAUGCCACUGACAAAUGCAUUGAAAAGCUUGAUUACUUGGCCAAUGAGUACGGGACCCAGAAUGCGGUGCGUCAUAAUUUGUUCCAUGGCUCCAGGCUGCUUAACUUCGUGCUGAUAUACUGGGACAAUUAUGCUAAAGCAAAGGAAAAGUUUGAUAUUCCCUUGGAGUUCAUGCCCAAGUUACUGUCGCUGAUAAUCCAUCAGUCGGAUUUGCUUGCCCGGCAAACGAUCUCUUCAUGCAAUGGGUGUUCGUCUUCCAAAUGCACGAUCAAAAAAGAUAUUUACAGCAGCACUGGUACUAAAAUUCGGAUUCUUGCGAUUUUAGCCCGCAUUGAUGCGACGUCUGAUGAUCUCAGACGCAUUGCUGUAUCAGUAUUCAAGGACAGCGUUGACAGCAUUACGGAACUGAGGGACAAUAAUUGCGAGUCCUGGUUAAAGCUCUGGUCGCUCUGCAUAUCGCGUGCUUACAAUGUCAUCCUGCAGUAUGAAAAAAAUUAUUACCAAGAUUGUCGUCUUAUGAGCGAAUUAAUGUGUCGUAAAAUCAGCAGCUUCGGUAUCGAGAAACUCUUUGAUGAAAAAGAAAACUUUUUGGCUGUAUGUUUAUACCGGCUUAGUUCCGCGCAUUUUCACAAUGAAAACUAUCAAGAAGCUAUGACUGUUGCUGCAUUGACCGCGUACGUCGGGUAUAAUUACGAGGAAUGUUCAGCGUUUCGUAUGUGGGCAAAUAUUAAGUAUCGGUACUCAUCAGCACAUAGGAUAACUAUUGUAGAUUGUCUGGAGAGAAAUGACGUGGGCGAACAAUUUGGGGUUAAAGUAACGCUAGAUAAUUAUCAGAAACGUUUGAUUUGUCUGCGGGAAAUCAAAGGGCUGGAGAACGCCUCGAUUAAUAUGGUCCAGUCAAUAAUACCAGCAGUACAUUUGAUGGAGAUUCUUGAUCCUGAUCCUAUGGAAUACGCCCAGGCGGUCCACUUGCUCGGUUACCAUCUUCUAGAUCUCCGUGAGACUGAGUCUAUAAAGCAGUACAUCACAAAAGCUCAGUCCCAGUUGAAGAAAGCCAGUAAAACUCCAGCAAGCCAGCUGAUGUACGGCAACCUCUUGUUCUACGCCUUCGUUCAGCGACUUGCUGACAUACGUCGUGCUACUGAGACUGAAAUGGAGACCUCGACGAUGCGGCUGUAUUCUAAAUCUCCCUCAAAUGGCUCAACAAGUAACGUAGUGCCAGCUUACAGUCUCAUCAAUAUCAACACUUCUGCUGAUCUAGAGACCGCUUUGGAACGAGUGCUAGACAUCUGGACAAACUAUUGCCCGCGAGAGGGCAUUAUUGAGAGUUUCGGUAAAUUUUUAACUCCAAAAAUGAUGAUAAGGCUCGCGAUAACUGCCGGAGAGUACGCUAAAUUUUAUCACUUCCGCGGCCCGGAGAUAGCGGCAUGGAAGCUGGCCAUGAGUUUGGCUAAAAAAUUCAGUGAUGAUCACUAUAUUAUUUACGUCACUGGUCGCAGUAUUAUGUCGCGUUACAUCAAGACCCGGUGGAUCACACUCGCUGAGGAGUGCGUCGCUAAAUUAAAAGACACGAGUGAUGAAAAAAUAAUUGAGUGCAUUGCAAUGUUUAAAUUAAGUUUGUCAAGUUAUUAUUUUUACUUAGAGCGAGAUGAUGAGGCCAAGAAGCUGUUUGAUGAAGCGAUGGAGAUGCCCAGGAUCAAGUUUACUAAAAAUCUUCCGACUUAUCUACUGGCAAUGGACAUUUCCAUAUCAGACAGACUUAAUUAUUACGACCAAGCUGAUAGUCUCAAGUACUCACAGGCGCUUGUCGAGGGUCUCUAUACGAUGAUUUUAAUUGAAGAUGAAUUUAUGUCACACGAUUUUCCUCGGGAAGUGUUACUCUAUCGGCUGGAUACGCUGUUCCAGUUCACGAAUCACAUCAGCUUGCGGAUGAACAGUCUGGUGUCUUACCGGGAAAUUUCAGCGCACUUGGCACGACGGCUUGGAGUUGUCCAGAAACUAGGAUCUGUUUUGCACGUCGCCGAGUGUCUAAAGAACCUCUGCUUCAUUGAUUUGUCGCGCAAUCAACUGGAAGACUGUGAAGUAAAACUCCAAGGACUUGAGCACAUUCUCAAGCUAGAUGUCUAUGACUUUGGCGCCAAUACUAAAUCAUCUAAAGUGGUAGUAAAUGUCUUCUGUGAUUCCUCUCCAGUGCGGAUGAUUGAGUCCGUCCGCGACAUGCCGCAGAAUGACGCCUCGCCGGUACUUAUCAGCAAAGUUUUUUCAUCCCCCGAUUUCAUGGAGCACGAGAGCAAGUGCAAGUGUUUCAAAUGCACCAAUUUCGCGUAUAAAUAUCUAGUGUUUUCGUGCACUCACAUACGCGCUCAACUUUACGCGGCUCAGAAUAAUUUUAUCCAAGCGCUCCAGCACUUCCACGGGGCGUUUCAGAUUAUAAAGAAGCUACUAAAUGCCCAGGUCGAAUCUUUUGAAAUAACUUCUCAUCAGUAUGUGGAGUAUGUACUGUUUUUAUUGGAUUUCGCAAGAUUUAUCAAGUACUCAGUACCAGAAGGCCGUGAAGCUCUCAGUAUUGUGAUAUUUGCGUUGAAUAUUUGUGAGAAAUAUAGAAUACAAAAUCAUCCAGUGUAUCUCAGUAUCAAGGAAAUGAUAUUUGAGUACAGAUUCCAAGAGACUUUUGACCCGGACCAGUACACCAAGUUUGUGGUCCCGGAUGUAAAAGAAGAAAAUAUUGAUGACUAUUUGUCAGACAGCGGUGAUAUCUGCACGACACCUGUCAAAACUCCCUCCGGAUCCGUAAGAGUUAAGCGCCGUUACACUCCUCUGAUCUUGACUCUCUCUAAAGCUGAAGUCGAUACAGUUCAAGAGGAUCAAGACUGUCUGACUCCCGUUUACGUUAGCGAUGAUCUCGUAAAAAUUGAAAAGAAACAACCGAAAGUCACCAGAAUUAAACCAAUUAGACGUAAAAUAUCAGACUCUGAGUACCUGAGUCCUGCUUCUAUGGAAAAUAAAAAUACUGAUAAAUUAAAUUCUGAUGUAUUUAUAUUUGAAAGUAAUGAUUGUACAGAAGACAAAAGUAAUUCCUGUAAAAAAAAUAAUGAGAAAUCAACCAGAUCACGUGCUACGAAAAGUAAAAACGAAAUUACAACAGUUGAUACAAAUACUGGUAGUAAAUCUCGUAAAAAAUCAACUGCAGCUGCGUUAUCUUCUAGAGAAUCUGUGAAGAUUAAAAAUGAGGUUGAUGAAGUUAUUAAUUUAGAUGAGGAUAUUAAUUCUAAUGAUAUAAAUUAUGUUAGUAAAUGUAUUAGCAAGUCAACUGACAGUUACUCAUCAAGACCAGAAACUUCAUCAACUAAAACAACCAAAGACUCUGGGAGAAUCAAAAGUGAACUGGAGACUGUAGUUGAAAAUUUAGAAGCUGUGCAUAUCAGCAAGUGUAAACCAAAUGUUCGGAAAGUCCGCAGCAAAUCAUCAGCGGAUUUAAUUUCAAAGGCAGCGGAAAAUAAAUUAAUUAAAACUAGUGCCAAGGCUAGAUCAGCAAGUACGAGUACAAGUAAAACUAAAGUUAUCAAAGAAGAAGUUUGCGGAGAUGUAAUCGAGGCCAGUUACGUUCUCGAGCCCAGAAGAUCAAGACGCGUCGCUUCGAAAAACUCCGAAUCUGAUAAAAAUAACUUUAAUUCAAAAAUAUUGAAGCCAAGGACCUGAUAAUUAGUUUUGAUAAGUAGAUAAUUAAUAGAAAAUGUAAACUAAUGAAAUAUUUUUUUAUAAUUAUAUUUGAAUAUAAGGCUGUAAAAAUAUCAACUAGCGCAAGUAUUUUUAUAAUUAUUUAAUUUUAGUAGUAAGUGAUUAUAAUACUGGUGUAAUAAAUAAGUAAAUAAUUUUUUUUACAUGAAAUUAGAAAAGUUUAUUAAAAUAUAUUGUAUGUACAUUUUAUUUUUUUUGUUUGAAAAAAUCUUAUUGUCUAUUACUGACAAUAAUUAAAUACAUAAUUAAUAUUUAGCUAUUACUAGUAUUAUUAAUAAUAAACAUGGCAUAAUUAAUAACUGGUUUGUUCUUAUUUUUUUUCGAUUUAUUUUGUUCAACUUAAAUACUGCAGCGACAAAAACUUAAAUAACGACGGACAUUAAAUCAAAAGUCUUACUUUUAUUUAAUUUGUUAAAUAUCACACAUUUUCUCAUAUCAAACAUUGUUUUAGUAAACUAUUUUGAUUAAGGCGACUCUCAGACAGUGCUCCCACUUUUUAAAAAUUUUCAGCUAUUGUUAGCGUAUCAAAAUUUUAUCAGUUAAUUACAAAAAAAUUAAGGCAUUAAUUAAAAAAAAAACAACGCAAUUGCAAUUUCGCCGAGAUAUAGAUUUUUAAAAAAUUAACUACAGUUGACAUCAAUUGGAUGUUAAAAAAAAUUUGGAAAAUAAAUUUCAAUAAAAAUCAUCUCAAUUUUAUAAUUCGAAUUUUCAAAUUUCGUUUAACUCCUAGUUGAUAACAACUGUAAGUAGUUUUUCAAAAAUUCUAUGUCUCGGCGAAAUUGUCUUUUCUUUCCUAAAUUAAGGUUUUAAUUUUGUUUUUAGUUAAUUAGUAAAAUUUUAAUACACUUAUGACAGGAGUCAUUGAAAAUUUUUACAAAGUGGGGAGCAACGUCUGAUAAUUUCCUUAAUUAAUAAGUUCUUUAUCAUUUACAAUAAAUAGUUAAGCGAACUUAUAUCUUCGAUCGCUUAUAAUUGACAAUUUAAUACAACAAAUAAAAAUCCCAAUUAUUGAAUGGGUAUCAAUUAAUGACUUGUUUUAAUUUAUUAUUUAAUUUUAUAAAUUUAAAUGUUAUAUUUUUUUUUUAAAUUUAAAAAUUUCCCUCCAAAAAUUAUCACUUACACUCAAGUUAUUUUUUAAAUUUCUCAAGUACUUUUAUAUUACAAAAUAAUGAAUAAAUUAAUAGUAAAAACGAUUGAUUUAAUUACAAGCAUUUGAUGUCAAUAAUUGGGAUUUUUAUUUCAUAUAUAUUUAUA